GAAUUCCGAUUUUUAUCUGGAGAAUUUGUAGAUACACGUCGGUAGAUCCACUGCACCCGAAGCUCCGGGACAAUUGCCUCGAUCGGGUCAGCCAGAUUGCCUCCGUCUCCUCCUCCAGGAUUGUGCAGCUCUCUCGGCACUUGUUGCUUUUGAAAUUUGCUUGCCGAGUUCGAUCAGGAAGAGUUGCGGCAGAUGGAAGGAGCCUGAGGGGUGUUGUUGUGUACACGCUUCCCUUGCGGAGAAUACUGAUUCACCGUAGGAUCGGCGGAAGAUUUUCCUCUCUCACUUGUAAAAGGAGGUUUGGCAGCGAUCGAGGGUGUUUUCACUCCUGGCGAUUCGCGGCACUGCCGGCAAGUGUUUGUUGCGGUGUGCAGUGCAGGUGCGCCGCCAAUUUCGCGUUACUUCGAUUCGUUUUGUGGAGUUGAGAAUCUGAGUGUCUUCGUUUCUAAUCCCAAUGUUUUCGCCAUUUUAGAGUUUGAAAAGCGUGCUUGUGAGUAUUUGAUUCCUUGGUAUACGUGGCCCGAUUAAACGAGAAGCUCGCAUCGAGUGCUAUUUCUGGUCGUGUGGAGAAUCACAACCUGCACCGUAGUAUACGAUUAAAGGAGCGAUCAUUGAUACCUACUUUGGUUCGGAAUUUCGUUCUCUUGGUGGGAUUGGCCAAGAUUGUAGAGGUUGCUCGAUUGACUGGAUUGACACAGUGAGUAGGGUUGUGUUCCUCUGCCGAUGUAGUUAAAUCGUUAAACAUCUCGUUUGGAAACUUUAGUUCUUGCAAGGUCUUAGGGAGCUUACCAAAGCUAUGAAUAAAUACAGAAGAAGUUACUGAUUUCGUAUAUUCAUUAUUUAUUUACUUUGUGUGCAUUCUGGCAUGCAUAGGCCGUGACAUGACAUCUGAGUGAUACUUCAAUUUCUAAGGCCUUCCGCAUCCAAAGUUUUUUUUCUCAAAGAUUUGGUGCAGGAUGCAGCAUGUCUCUAUUCUUCAAACUGUUCUGAAUCGGAUCCAGAAAGUUGUGAUCGCACGUAUUCUAAUCUGAGAUUUAUUGCAGAGCUCGAAAACAUAACAAGCCACAGAAAAUAUAAAAACUAAAAUGACUUCCAGUCAAAGGGCAACAUCAACGAUUCCCUCGCCCUCAGACCUUGAUCCGUUAAGUUCAGACCCUAGCGAGGGUGAAGUCUUGGGAGUGCCAUCUGCAGAUAGCGUAACCGAAGAUGGGUUUGUACACAUUCACACGAGUCCUGUACAAAGGGACGCAGCUAUGAAAGCCCUUUCUUCAAUCCUCAACUCGAAGGAAGAUGACACGAUCGUUGACGGGAACUGGGUUGCAUUGUCCUCUCCUGCAAUGAAAGUGCGUGCUCUUGGUGAGACGGAGUCUCCUUCAAACUCUCCCAGAGUCACGUCUGUGAGUGCAGCAUUUAAAGACGAUACGUGCCCUAGGACUUUGACCUACGAGCAAAUGAAGUCCUCCUCCACAGAUGCUUCGGCAGACAUCGACCCCACGAAGAGAGAGACUUAUCUGUCCGAGGAAGAGUUUCUGUCCGUGUUUGGCAUGAGCAAAGUACAAUUCUACACCUUACCCAAGUGGAAGCAAGACCAACGAAAGCUGCACCUCGACCUCUUCUGAUGCACACGUUAGUGCAUUUGGCGAGCAAGCAUCAUCGUUGCAAUGGAUCCAUCAAGCCUACCUCAUCUACACAUACACAAACAAACACAGAUUCUUUGGUUGCGGCGCUUUCACCGACGUGGUGAUGGAAGCCUGACAGGUGUGCCAACAUUCCUCCAUUCUUUUUUGUACCUAUUCUUCCCGUUUGAAGGUCACAACGCAGCAGGCCAUCAAUCUUCCCCAGGAAAUGAACUAGAUUCUCACAUUCGAUUCUGGUUGCGGAGUAAUUGUGGGAUAAAUCUCCAACGAUCAUGUAAAGGUUUGUCAUUGUUGAUUGCUUCCCUGGUGUGAGAUUCUCCCAUCACUACUGCAUUUGUGUUUCGGCUUCAUGUUUUGUACAGUUUUCGUUCUGUGUGAUUUCAAUGCUCCAUUGUUUUUGUUUACAAAAGUUUGGAAUUUGGAUACUAGAGUCUUGGCUACUGGGUGCACAGCGGACAAUGGCAGCAUGCUUAGAUGAAAACGAGUGAAAUCUUUAAAAAUUAAAUAAAGUAAUCUAACUAUUUUCUACAAA